AUGUCUCGCCGCAAGCUCCGCCAGACGGCCGAGGAGACACUCGCCCCGCCAGACUCACUGGCCCCUAAUCAACUUAUUGCCCGCGUUGUUCAAUCCCAUGGCAAAGACCUCUACACCGUACAGACACCAGAUUCCUCCACAUUAUUGGUUGAACUCGAAAAUCGCUUCCGCAAUGCCGUCUUUGUCAAGCGUGGGGGCUACGUUCUGGUCGACACUUCGACGACCGAUCGACCAAACAAGAUACAAGGAGUGAUUGUGAACAUAGUUCGGAACGAGAAGACAUGGCGCAAGCAACCAUACUGGCCACCGGCCUUCGUCAAGAAAGUGGCAUCUGACUACAGUGAUGAGGAAGAGUCGCUCGUCGGAAAGAUGCCGCCCUCGGACAGCGAGAGCGAACAAGGCUGA